GAACAUGCAGUCAGAAAGAUAGAGAAACUCAUCGAAGAAUCACGAAUUACUUGUAGUGUGCUCAUAGUAACUCAUCACCGUGAUUAAUCACCUGGCAAUUAAAAAUUUGUCGUUGCAAAAAUAAUAAUAAAAUAUAAUAAAACCGUCACUUAAAUUUCAAAAUAAAAAAACCGGAAAUGAUAAUAAAUUUAAUAGUCGUUAUUAAUAAUUCGGACGCGGAGAAUGGAAGUGAUUUUUUACAAUACAAUUAUUUAGAAAUUUAUCGCGGUUUUUCUCUCGGACACGGAUUAAUACCUACGACUCCUGUUUUAUCGGCAACACUCCUCGAAGAUAACCAAAAUUAAACCCUAGGUUACAAAACUUGCGAUUUUACGUAGUUAGUGGUCAAAGUUUGUGCUGAAAUAAAAGCUAGGAGAUAACUUGCGACGGAGAGAGAUAAAGUAACAUAACGUAGGAGAGCUGAGAGUUGAGUGUUGAGGAGGUGGUGUGUUGGUUGUUGGUGUCGCUCGAGAAUCGCCGCGUGAAUAAAAUACCGGGAGAUCACUUAACCCGACGUGAGUCCGUGAGGACGAGUGGUAAAAAUUUCCGAGGUUUUAAUUACUUUAAUAAAACUAAUUAAUUAUCGGUAGGUGUUUAUUAUAUCCAUUAAAUAAUUACUUUAUCGGAUUAAAAUUACCACGUGAGUGUUUGAUCUGUUAACCUAAAAGUUUUAUUUGAUAAAUAGGAAACUAGGUUCGCUCGUAAGCUAAAGCUGGUUAUUUCCCAACUACGGAGUGUAGGAGUUACGUGAUUUUAAGUGACGACGGUUUUAUUAUAUAUAUAUACAUAUAAAUAAAUAAAUAAAUAAGUACGUGUAAAUACAUACGUACAGCUAAGAGAGAUGGGUGACGCGGUGAUGAAAAUGUUCAUGGGAUUCGGUGCCACCGAUCCCAUGGUUUUGGCCACUAUUUUUCUCGGUGUUGCUGUUGUUAUCAUUGGAUUUAUUCUUGGACGACGUUCUGGUUCUUGCGAGAACACAAGUGAGCCAAAAUCUGAUGAAAAAAUUCAAGAGCCAGAUAAUCAGAAGCCAGUCAACACCAGCGAUCGCAAUAUCGCCAGUAAUAAACGCACUAAGAAUAAAAAACGUCGUGAGGCUCAGCAAGAAUUUACUCAUUCAUGGGUCGUGGGCACUCUUAAGGGCCACACUGGAUCAGUCUUGGAUAUAAACUUCUCCGGUGACGACAAAUUUCUUGCUAGCUGCGCUGAAGAUUGCAGCUUGUUGCCGAAAGAAACGCUGAAGGACAACGAGGGUGAAGUGGUUAACAGUUCAGCAAAAUCCUCACCGUCAAGCAGUCAUAGCAGCAAAAAGUCGAGCAAGAAAGAUCCAACAACCAACAGAAAGAAAAAUUCCAGCCUUGUCAACAAAUCAAUGGUCAUCCGAAGCUGCAGCAGUAGUAUAAGCAGUAACAGCAAUAGUAGCAGCAUGGAGUCUGUUUCCUCAAUUAAAGACCAAGCUUCGUUGAGUCGCCGCCAGAAAAAAAACAGACGUGCGAAUCGUGACCAAAAUCAGGUGGAUUUAAACGAUUAUCAUCGCUUUCCUUGCAAUGAUAAUUGUAUCAAGCCCACAAUUUAUCAUUAUCCUUUCCAAUACACAUCGAUGUACUCGGAGUCGUUUGUUUCGCCAUUAAUGAUAGCACGUGGGAUCCAAAAUCAAGAAAUUGAUUCUGGAAUUCACAAUCACGUGAAUGCCGUGUUUCAAAAAAACAACGCGGCAUAUAGACUCAAUUAUGAUGUAUACAAUCGAUCCCAUUAUAAUUCUGUCCAGUACAGUGAAUAUCGCGAGUGUUUGAAGUAUAUGAGCCAUUCUGCGCUCAUAUCUAAGUUGAAAAGUUUAACCCAUCCGACCAACUAUUUGCAGUGUCUGGGUUAUUUGUACAAGAAAGAUCUCAACAGCAGUAGUGUUUCUUUCCUUCACACGCCUCACUGUGAAUUGAUACAAUUCUUCUAUAGCUAUUCGGAAGAAGAUAGAAAAAAAUUCAAUUACAGGCAGAGGAAAUAUUUGAAUGUUAAUGCCAAAAUAUUCAUACCCAGUGGUCUGAGUUACAAACCAAAGAGUUGUUCAAGCAUUAGCAACUCGGUUGAAAGUUCAGACUUUGAGUCUGAAAGUUCUUCAGACAGUGAAAAAAAUUCAGAAUCCAGCGAAUCAUCAGCGUCGCAUCAGAUGAAUUCUGAUGAAAAAGUCGAUCCGAUGCUGUUGAUUUUGAAUUACUUUGAAAAAUACAAUAAAAACAAAGAGGAUACCGGUGAACGUGAAUGUGCAAGAUGUACUAAAAAAUUUUACAUCAACCCAUUGACGGAAGACUAUAUCGUGAAGGAAAAAUGUAUUUAUCAUUGUAAAAGUGAAAUGGAUUUAUCUCCGAUAAGCAACAGCAAAGUUAGAAAAUGUUGUCAACGGCCAAGAGAUUCAAUGGGUUGCAUGGAAGCUGAUUUUCACGUGUGGACUGGAACCAAACCAGGUGUAAAUGGUCCUUUCUACGAAUAUAUGUGUGCACAACCUUUGAAAAAUUCAAAAAACAGACAAAUGUAUGACGUGAUAGCUUUGGACUGCGAAAUGUGCAUUACUAGCCAGGGCUUUGAACCCACGAGACUCACAAUUGUGCAAUUAGACGGAUCGAUAGUUUACGACGAGUUCAUAAAACCGGAACAUAAAAUAAUCGAUUACAAUACGCAUUACUCCGGUAUUCGUGAAGGAGACCUCGUGCAUGCAAAAACUCUUCAAAAAGUCCAUCAAGAUUUGAAGAAGUUAAUUCAUGCCGAUACCAUAAUAAUUGGACACGGUUUGGAAAAUGAUCUCAGAAAAUUGAAAAUUUAUCACGAAACUGUACUGGACACAGCAUUUAUUUAUCCACACAAACUUGGGUUUCCGAAUAAAAAGAAGUUGAAAAUUCUCGCGGAAACAGAAUUAAAUCGGACAAUACAAAGUGCGGAACAUUAUGCCUACGAAGACGCAAAAGCAGCAAUGGAUUUGGCCCUUAAUAAAGUUUUGGAAGAUGUGGCGAAACGAAAAUGAAUAAAUAUUUAGUUAUAGGAACUUUAUAAUAUUAAUGUGUGGUGUUACGAGUGUUAUUAUAUACAAGUUAAGUGAAGUCUGUGAUACAUUUAUAUGUAUGUAUACUAAAAGUGAUGUUUACAUUGCCCACCUUUACUUAUAUACAACUUGUCUUCAUAUUGAAGAGACAUUGUAAGCAAGUGUUAUUUUGUCAUUUAUAAUUAUUCGCAGUAUUCCAUAACUAACAAAAUUAUAUUCAUUUUAAACACUUAUUUACUCUAUUACAUACUCAUUUGAUUGACAUUUAUCAUUCUUUACUCAUGAGAGACUUUUAAAUAUUCAAUAAUGUUAAUAUUGAUGAGAGGUAUUUUGUAUAUAUAUAUAAAUGUAUGAGUGUUGCGCGAUUGUUGCAAUAAAUUUUAAUGUGAUUUUAAAUCUGUACAAACUUAUCAUGUUAAUUAAUCAUCAUUCGCUUCAAAUUUAUAUUAUUUUUCACUCAUUUUUUAUUGGCAGCAUAAUGUAUUUAUUUAAAUGUACGAAAUUUAAACCGUAUAUUACCACACAUCAAUUCAUCUAAUGAAGAAUAUUCGAUUAUAUUUUUUUAACUGAUAUACGAACGAAAAUAUUUAUGAUUUUUUUUUUCUUAAAACAAUUAAUUUUUUAAUUUUUACGGCUGUGCGCUUCCAUGAAUCUCAUGUUGCGAAUAUUUUAUUAAAAGGUGAUUUAAAAUUUAAAAUAAAAAAAAUGAAAAAAAUAAACAUAACAAUGUAAAGUGUCUUAAAAACAUAUGACGUAUUGAUUUAUCUUUUUUUUUGUUUUUUAAUUAUUUUGUCUUCCGUUUUAAUACUUCUGUUUUGAUAAAGACUAAUGAUUAAAAUGUUAUACUUAUAAGUAUAAGUAAACGCGAUAACAAUUUGUCUCAUUUUUUUUUUUUUUUUUCGUUGUUUUGUAAUUACUGUGUAAAAAAUUACUCAUAAACUUGAUCGUAAUAUUAAAAUUAUCGCUCUAUAAUAAUUGAGAUAUUAUCAAGUGUAGAUAAUUAGGCUACGGUCUAUUUUGAUAAUAAACGAAAUUGAUUUUAAUCACCUAUUUUUUAAUUAAAAC